UCGCAUAUAAGAGAGAUAGAGGAGCAGAUAAAGCAAUUUCGAUGGUCGUUUUUCCCGGAUCCAUAUCUGAAUACCUAAAGGUUUUUCUCCUGUCUUUGCAUUCUCUAAUAUUGUUUGUCAUCUCAUAAUGAUCCGUUGUCCUAACACUCGUAUACCUUAAUUUUGGUUACCCUAUUAUUGAAUGGCCGAUUUUUUUUGUCCUUGUAUGUUUUUCCCGUAUGACAUUUUCAUAUUGAGUAUUUAUCCUAAUGUUCUGUAGCAUAAUUCUCUUUGGUUUAAUUAUUGUUAGGCCUAAAAAUUAUAUUUCCUAACCAUCAUGUUACCUAAUUUUACAUAGCCUAUCUUUGCUUGACCUAACACUCGUAUACCCUAAUUUUGAUUUCCCUAUCAUCGAAUGGCCGAUAAGCAUAAUUCUUAUCUGGCCUAAUUAUUUUCAAGACAAGACAAGACAAAGCAUUUAUUGCAAUCAUUAUUAAGUACACAAAAUUACAUAAUAUGUACCCUGCAAGGGCGCAGCAGUCUUAUAACUAAAUAACAAACUAGUACAAAGAUUUACAGACAAUUAUUUGAGAUCACAGGCAGUACUUAAGAGCUAAGUACUGCCUUGCUUUUUAAGGCUAAAGGUCAUAACAUCCUAUCCAUCAUGUUACAUAAUUUUAAAUAGCCUAUGGUUGCUUGGCCUAACACUCGUAUGCCCUAAUUUUGGUUGGCACAAUAGCACUUGCCAUAUUGAUUACUUAUCCUAAUGUUAUUAAGUAUAAUUUUUCUUUUUUGCGAAGGUCGCAGUUCUAACCUAACACCUAACCCAUGGAGAUUACUUCUUAUUUCUCUAUGCCUAACCUAACCCACUUUUAUGGCUGCAGUUCGUUUUUGCAAGGUCGCAGUUCUAAUCUAACGUAACCCACUUUUAUGACAGCAGUUCGUUUUUACAAUGGUUGCAGUUCUAACCUAUCCUAAUCCAGAUUUGUGGCAGCAAUUCGUUUUUGCGAGGGUCACAGUUCUAACCUAACCUAAUUCAAAUUCCCAGUUUUGAAUUCCGAGUAUGGCAAAAACAUCAGUAAACAUAUUUCGUACAAAAGAGCUGAAGGAAUUAUGGGAGGUCUUAGGAGAUCUACUAAAAUGAUGAUAAAGGCACUUUCUGAAUAUCACAACAUUAUUUUUAUUGUUUACUUGACACAGUUACAUAAAUAAUUACAUGACUUCCAUUAGACAGUUGGACGAAGAGUGAAUGCUCAGAUUUUGAAUAUCUAUGAAUUCAAAAUCUGACAUUCCAUAUUUAAAAUUAAAAAGUAAUGUAAUGUGUAUGUGUAUUUGAUGUGUAUGUAAUGUGCUUGAGUCGAUUGCCAGUCAAACCUCUUUAUACUAACAAGAGUUUAUUCAAAGAGCAUUAUAAAAUAUAUUUUUUAUGACAAUUGAUCAUUAGAGCAAUACCAAUCAGAUCAAACCAGUUAGGGCGUGAUGUGUUAGGCUAAAUAUUCUUAGCAAUUUCGAGGAAUAUGGUAAAAAACAUUACGGAUAUUGGUUAUAUCCGUAUAGUUAUGGUAAAAAUGAUUAGGACAUAUGAGUUUUAGGCUAACCAUUUAUUAUGGAAAGUAACGGUUAUGACAAUUGAUCAUUACGCCAAUAGCCAUUAGGUUAAAACAGUUAGAGCAAGUUACUUUAUGCCAAACAUUGUUAGGGAUUUAAAGGAUAUGCUAAAAAACAUUAGGGAUCUUGAUAGUUAUGGUACAAAUGCAUAGGACAAAUGAGUCUUAGGCUAGCCAUUACAUUAUAGAAAAUAAUCGUUAUAACAAUUGAUCGUUAGAGCAUGUGCCCAUUAGGACCAACCAGUUAGGGCAAGUGACUUUAGGACAAACGUACUCACGCCUUUACAUUCCAUUGGCUUUUACUCAAUAAUUCGUCUAUUAUAUACUUAAACUGAACGCGGCAAAAAAGAAAGUUAUUUUACAGUGGAUUCCUCUCACUGCGGUGUUGUGGGGAACGAGGUGAUGGAUCGGUUGGCUAGGAAAGCAUCCGAAAUGGGUGAUAAAUACCAUAAUGUUCCUUGGUUUUCUGAUGUUCUGUACAAAGUCAAGAAUAUGUGCUUUAACAGGUGUUCUGAAUAUUUCGAUGAAAGAUCUAGCACAAAGGCAUAUGACAUUGCAACGUCGAUUAGUAAAUGAAUCAAUCGAAUACGUAAAAAUGUAUAAGGUGAGUUUUAACCUUUAUACGAGUUCUACUAUAUAAAAUUAUCGAUUCGAUUGUCUUUUCUGAGGGCCUAUCGCAAACCACAUUCGACGUGUUGCCUCCCUGUCACACUUACGUACGAAUUUACAAGUGCGACAGAGAGGCAACAUGUCGAACGUGACUCGCGGUAGGUCCUUUGUAGUACCGUACCACAAACAUUUGUGUCUGUGUACGUGUUGUACAGCCUUUAAUUACCAUAGACAAAAUAUUAAUAAUAACAAUACAUUCAUUCGCUAUGACAAGAUUAUGACAGAUAAUUAUUUGUUUGGGAUGGCAACUUGUGCAUGUGUUUUGAAUUGUAGAAAAUAGAUCGGGAUUUAAGCGCAAUUAAUCUUGUUAUAACUGAAAUUACGAUGGCCACAUUAGAUAACAAGAUAUGGUUGCUCAAAAACAUAAGAGACGCGUUCAUAGCCACGGAUGAUACGGGCUUGUGCGAGAUAGUUAUGGCCGGGGAGGAUUUUUCGAAGAUUUUCCAAGCGAAAGCGGCGGACGAGCGGAUCAGGUUGAAAGAUGAGAAGUUGUGCCGGCCGAGCACGAGCCACGGGCGGGACGGCAUGGGCAACAUAUCCGAGGACGAGGACCAGGAGAUCGUGACCCAGUUCGACGCGUAUCCUCAGAUAGAGGACAGCGAGGAGGACGACCUCAUGAGCGGCAGCUACAUACGAUAUGAUGACAUUGGAGGACACAGACAAAGAUCCAACACAGCGCAGUGGCUCGACAAAAAGGAGCAAGCACUAAAGAAGGCAUCUAAAAUAAAAGUAAUCAAAUGGGACGACUCAUCCACCGAGCUCACCGAAGAGCAGAUCGCGGACAAUUUCACGAAAAUGGAAAUUAAAAAACCGAAACAGAAAUCCAUGCUGACGGAGCUUCUGGAGAAAUACCCGGAUUUACCUCAUAUGCAGUAUUUGGAGUAUGCAAAGUUUGAUGGUACGGCGCAGUUGGGAUUGCAGACGAAGAUGUUUAAGAUAUUUAUGAAGAUAUCGGAAAUGUACCAUAACUAUCCGCUAGUUGUGUGUGUUAUAGCUACCGCUAGGAUAAAGGAUUUGAUUGGGUUUACAUGCUACAAGUACAGUAUCGCGCACCCCGACAUAUCCCUCGGCAAUAUAAACGAAUACGGUCUCUGCAUCGCCGAAGACGACGGAGACGUGGACCUCGCGUUCCCCUGCCUGGACGCCCAAGAGCCCUGCGGCAAGUUCGGCUUCACGUGUCUCGGUCUCAUCGAGCUGAACAAGAGAGACGACAACAACGUCACUAGCUCGCUGCCGGAGGACGCCACGGGGUUCACGGGGUUCAUGUUUCCUAAGGUGAGCGAUUCGGGACCUAGUCAUCAUAAUCCUUCGAGACACAACACGGGCGGUAGCGCUACCUCCGAAGCGGUCAAGAAUGCAUUGGAGGCAGUCAAUGAAGGCAUCAAAAAAGCCGACAACGAUCUCGACAAGCUCCACUCCCACGCGAUGGCGACCUCCGCCCCACAGUACAAAGCAUACAGGGUGCACAUGUUGCGGCGAGUCAUGGCCAACACGCUGAUCCAGCUCGGAGUGUCCAUAGACAGGGUCGAGGUGGAGCCACUCACCAACAGCAAGCACACAAACUGGCUAAAACCGAAGUACUUCAUGCACAGCAUAGACUCUAUAGCCUGGUGUCAAAUAAUGGAAGCGAAGGGCAACAAGUGCGUGUUCAGGAUCGUGUACACAGACGAACAGAAACCGUCCACAUUCGAACGUAGUACAAGUUUCUUCCACUCCAACACGAACUACAAGUUCCACGACUUCGAAUGCGACCACCAAACCGCCAAAGAAAUUGUCGAGAAAGUCAACACCAUUCUCGAGUUCCGGAACAGCCCGUGUAGGAGAGAAUACAAGACCGCCAAGGAGAAGAAACUUCAGACUAGGAGAAGUUUCCACUCGAAACAUAUGACUAGCAGCUAACUAGUUUACUUUUAAGGCCACAGUGUAUAUAGCUUGAGGCAGUAAGUCUAUAGUUGUGCCGUUCUCGAGAAUAUUCUCCGUUUUGUAUUAGUAAAUGAAGAACGUUCUCGAGAACGGCACAGCUAUAAGUAAGUCAAAUGCUUUCAGGGCAAUUUUAUUUUAAAUUGUACACUAUACUUUUUCUUUUAUAAAUUUAGGAAUUUGUGUGUUAUUUCUACUCAGUAUCGCGAGCUCUGUCGAUCCUUAUACGAAAAAAUGUCACUAAAUUUCCAUACAUAUUACGUCCGUCACCGUACCGUCAUACAAAGUUAUGAAAAAUGAUAACGGAAUGGAAAUAAUCUGGCAACACUUUUUUUUCUCCUAUAAGGUUUGAAGUAGCUCGUGAUUCUGGGUAGAAAUUACAUAUAAACUUCCAAAUUUGAAAAGUGUACGGACUUUAACUGUUAAGCCAUUGGGGUUCGAGCUCAUUUGGAUGUCAAUACUAACGGUAUGAAAUGUCCAAAGUAAAGUAAACCAAAAAAUGCAGGUUUUUUUAUGGCCACGCUUAGAACGCAAGUCUGAUUUCAAUUUUUUUUUAAUAGUUAAAACCAUAUUUGAGUCUUAUUUCAUCUAUAUUUAAAUCGAAAAUUAUCCAUAUAACCAGAUGAUUAAAAUGCGCUUAGAUGGUUUGCUGUCAUGUAGCCUAAAUUGAGAAGUUUAACUCAACGGCUACUGUGCUGCCCCCUACAAUUCACGUAUUCACAUACGAUCCCUAUCCUAUCGCUGACAUGAUACAGCGUCACUUUCUGAACGAGCGUCAGUGAGAGACGAGCCCUUGCGCAAUAUUAUUGGCCAUAAUUCACCUGCUGACUUCGUUUCUCUUUGUCCUAUAAUAAGCUUGUUAUAGUAAUAAUCCGUUUGAUUAUUUCCUUUAUAUUAACUUUACGUUAACACAAGUGAAAAAAAAACGUAUUAGAUCAAUAAUAACACUUUAGUGAAACUUAUAUUAUUUGAUAAUCAAAUAAUACUUAAUAAGUUCAUAAUACUAAAAUGGUUGCCGUAGUUGAUAUACUGCUUUACGUUAUAUGUACUGUAGCUGUGCGCUUAUACUCGUAUAAGUAUUUAAUAUAUAAACAUACAAUAAAAAAAACUACUAAGGCUAUCUCAAGUACCGUGUAUAUUUUUUAUAUGAGCAUAUAAUUAUUUUAUUAUGGUUUUCAAGCACUAUAAAAAACAGAUUGUCUUCAGUAGAGAUGCAACGGAUAUCUGGUUACUAUCCUGUAUCCGGCCUAUCUGGUCAUAUUUUUACUUUCCGGCCGGAUACCGGAUAGUUGCAUAGUAUCCGGCCGGAUAGUAAAUUUAGCACGAUAUUUAUGAAUACAAUAUGCACUAAACAUCUUAUAAAUAACAAAACAAAGUUAAUUAAUAAGCACUCGCAACGUAAAUAUUAAAAUACGAAGAAAAUUGUGACGUACCGCUGUUCAAUACUCACUGUAAGUGAAUUUCUGUCUGCCUAUAACUAGAAACAAGUUACAACUUUGAGAAAUUGCGCGAUCUAAUUUGAUUAAUUUUUUACUAAACUUUCAGCCGGAUAUUCGGCGGACCCAACGGCCGGAUAACCGGUAUCCGGCCAAACCAGUAUGGGUAGCAUCUCUACGUAAUUAACAGAAUUUUAAAUAAAAGAGUGUUGCAUGUAAUACGUUCACGUAUUCAAUUUUUCAACUUGAUGUUUUUUGUUUACCUUACCCAUUUAA